UACCGCGGAUAGUUACGUAAUAUACGUUAUAUUUCUAGCGUAGCGGGGCCCAAGUGAAAGGACGUGGUCCCACCGUGAGAGGAAACCCAUCAAAUCGGAUAAGCAAGGGUGGAUGCAGUGAGGAUAUCAAACGAAUGAUUUCAAGCUAUUUAGUCAAGACGAUCAAUCUACAAACAUACACCAGUGAACUUGCCAGUGACAAUUAUGAAAUGAAAUAAAGUGGACGACUGGAGGAGCCCAGCCCCCUGACCUCCACCUCUUUGAAACAUGGCAGGCUUACAGCUUGUCACCCCUGCUACUUCACCCAUGGGGCCUUUCUUUGGUCUGCCAUGGCAGCAGGAGGCUAUCCAUGACAACAUCUAUACACCUAGGAAAUAUCAGGUAGAACUUCUUGAAGCAGCUCUUGAACAUAAUACUAUUGUCUGCUUGAAUACUGGCUCAGGGAAGACCUUUAUUGCAGUACUUCUAACAAAAGAGCUCUCCCACCAAAUCCGUGGACAUUAUCAAAGAAAUGCCAAGAGGACUGUUUUUCUGGUGAACACAGCUUUGUCUGUAGUUCAGCAAGCAGCUGCAGUCAGGACUCACUCUGACCUUCAGGUGGGAGAGUACACAGAUUUGGAGGAAACCUCAGCAUGGACUGACCAACGGUGGAGUCAAGAGAUAAUCGAGAAUCAGGUGCUGGUCAUGACUUGCCACAUAUUCCUGCAUGUUUUGAGGAAUAAAAUCUUACUGUUGUCUAAACUCAACUUGGUGGUUUUUGAUGAUUGUCACCUGGCCAUUACAGACCACCCCUACUGUGAGAUAAUGAAGCUGUUUGAAGGGUGUUCAUGUAGUCCUCGUAUCCUGGGUCUCACAGCUUCUCUUCUCAAUGGAAAAUGUGACCCUUCAGAACUGGAGCAGAAGAUCCAGAAUUUGGAAACAAUCUUGAAGAGCAAUGCUGAGACUGCCACCGACCUUGUUGUCCUGGACAGAUACUCCUCUCAGCCAAGAGAAGUGGUGCUGGACUGCGGCCCCUAUUUGGACAAGAGUGGUCUUUCCUCCCAUUUGCUGAUGGAACUGGACGAAGCUCUCCACUUCCUGAACGAUUGCAACAUAUCUGUUGACAGGGAGGAUCGCAAUCCUACAUUAAUUUCCAAACAGAUCCUGAGUGACUGCCGGGCUGUGCUGCAGGUGCUGGGGCCCUGGUGUGCAGAUAAGGCGGCAGGCAUUAUGGUGCGGGAGCUCCAAAAGUAUAUCAAACAUGAGCAGGAAGAGCUCAACCGUAAGUUCCUGCUCUUCACUGACACCAUCCUGCGCAAAGUGCAUGCCCUCUGCGAAGAGCACUUCUCCCCCGCUUCACUGGACCUCAAGUAUGUCACCCCUAAGGUCUUCCGGCUGCUUGAAAUCCUGCACGAAUACAAGCCCUUUGAGAGGCAGCAGUUUGAAAGCGUGGAGUGGUACAACAAUCGGAACCAGGACAACUAUGUGUCCUGGAGUGACUCAGAGGAUGACGAUGAGGAUGAGGAGGUGGAGUCCAAAGAGAGGCCUGAAUCCAACUUUCCCUCACCUUUCACCAACAUUCUGUGUGGGAUCAUCUUUGUGGAGAGGCGUUACACAGCUGUUGUUCUCAACCGUCUUAUCAAAGAGGCGGGGAAGCAGGACCCAGACCUGGCUUAUAUCAGCAGCAACUUCAUAACUGGCCAAAGCAUUGGCAAAAACCAGCCACGGAACAAACAGAUGGAGGUGGAGUUUAGGAAACAAGAGGAGGUUCUCCGCAAAUUCCGGGCUCAUGAAACCAACCUCCUUAUUGCCACCAGCAUUGUGGAGGAAGGUGUGGAUAUUCCAAAGUGUAACCUGGUAGUGCGAUUUGACCUGCCCACUGAGUACAGGUCCUACGUCCAGUCCAAAGGCAGAGCUCGGGCUCCUGUCUCCAACUAUAUAAUGCUGGCUGACAGUGAGAGGACCAAAGCUUUCGAGGAAGAUCUCGCUACAUACAAGGCCAUAGAGAAGAUCCUGAGGAACAAGUGUUCUAAGUCAGUGGAGGUGAGUGACUUUGAAGUGGAGCAGGUUCUGGAUGAUGACAACACCCUUCCACCUUAUGUGCUUCGAUCUGAGGAUGGAGGUCCCCAGGUCACCAUUAACACAGCCAUUGGGCACAUUAACAGGUAUUGUGCUCGGCUACCCAGCGAUCCAUUUACCCACUUGGCACCCAAAUGUAAAACUUUGGAGAUGCAGGACGGAUGCUUCCAGUCCACACUCUACUUACCCAUCAAUUCCCCUCUGCGAGUCCCUGUUAAGGGUCCUACAAUGACCUGUGCCAGAUUAGCAGAGAAAGCUGUUGCACUAGUAUGCUGUGAGAAACUCCACAAAACGGGUGAGUUGGAUGAUCACCUGAUGCCCGUGGGGAAGGAGACUGUCAAGUAUGAGGAGGAGCUGGACCUUCAUGAUGAGGAGGAGACCAGUGUCCCAGGCCGACCUGGUUCUACCAAAAGGAGGCAGUGCUACCCUAAAGCUAUACCAGUGUGUCUGAGGGACAGUUAUGCUGUAGACAUAUACUAUCUAUAUGUGAUUGGGAUGGUCCUUACCACCCCUCUCCCAGAUGAACUCAACUUCCGCAGAAGGAAGCUCUACCCACCAGAGGACACCACCAGGUGCUUUGGCAUCCUUACUGCCAAACCCAUACCUCGAAUCCCUUAUUUCCCAGUGUACACUCGCUCGGGUGAAGUGACCAUCUCCAUUGAGCUGCAGAAGUCUGGCUUCAUGCUCACAUCCAACCAGCUCAACCUCAUCACCCGCCUGCACCAGUACAUCUUUUCCCACAUACUCCGCCUGGAGAAACCUGCACUGGAGUUCAAGCCCACGCUAGCAGACUCUGCUUACUGCGUUCUACCUCUGAAUGUUGUUGGGGACUCCAACACACUUGAUAUGGAUUUUAAGUUCAUGGAGGACAUUGAGAAGUCUGAGGCCCGCACUGGCAUUCCUACCACUCAGUACACCAAACAGAACCCCUUCACCUUCAAGUUGGAGGACUACCAGGAUGCUGUCAUCAUUCCAAGGUAUCGUAACUUUGACCAGCCUCAUCGCUUCUAUGUCGCCGAUGUGUACACAGACCUGACGCCGCUUAGCAAGUUUCCUUCACCCGAAUACGAGACGUUUGCUGAGUACUACAAAACCAAGUACAACCUGGAUCUGUCCAACCUAAAUCAGCCUCUCCUGGAUGUUGAUCAUACCUCCUCCAGACUAAACCUGUUGACCCCUCGGCACCUCAACCAGAAGGGAAAAGCCCUGCCACUCAGCAGUGCAGAGAAGAGGAAGGCCAAGUGGGAGAGCCUGCAGAACAAACAGAUCCUGGUUCCAGAGCUGUGUGCCAUCCACCCUAUCCCUGCCUCCCUGUGGAGGAAAGCAGUGUGUCUGCCGAGCAUUCUCUACCGCCUCCACUGCCUCCUGACUGCUGAGGAGCUCAGAGCCCAGACAGCCAGUGAAGCUGGAGUGGGAGCCCAGACCCUCCCACCUGACUUCAGGUAUCCAAACCUGGACUUUGGCUGGAAGAGAUCCAUAGACAGCAAAACAUUUAUCUCCUGUCCUGAGUCCUGCAGUGAGGAUAGCAAGGGUCACUGUAAGCACCAACAGACAAUAACCCCUGACCCCAGUUGCCUAACACAACCCGAUAGUUACCACUCUUCUCUGCCUGAGCAGGGGGCCCUUGCAGCCCCUGAGUCUGAAGACACCACCUGUACCCACAACCUAAUUAAUGGCACUGCCUUUGUCGCACACUGUGACAACAGCAGUCACCAAGACAAGCACCUUCUCCAACAUGACAACUGCCAAUGCUCCCAGCCCAGCUUUCCUGGGCUGCCGAGCCCUGAAUCGAAACAAACCACUACCUCAGUUCCUGUGCAGCCCUCACACAGCUUGAAGAAGUCCUGUCCUCCCCAGUCUAGUGAAGGACCUGGGAGGAUUUCUGAAAACACAAAUAAAGCUACCUCAGUCUGCAGCCGAGUAACCACGGCUUCCAACACUCCCACAGCACCUUCUCCUCACCUUGUGUCUGACUCCCAGCACAGAGUCCAGAUAGGCGUCUCCCCCAAAAGUCUGGGGCCCAACCCCGGCCUCAUCCUGCAGGCCUUGACCCUGUCAAACGCAAGUGAUGGCUUCAACCUGGAGCGGUUAGAGAUGCUGGGUGACUCCUUCCUUAAGCAUGCCAUUACCACAUACCUGUUCUGUACCUAUCCUGAUGCUCACGAGGGACGACUCAGUUACAUGCGCAGCAAGAAGGUGAGCAACUGUAACCUGUAUCGUCUGGGGAGGAAGAAGGGGCUCCCAAGCAGGAUGGUGGUGUCCAUCUUUGACCCCCCUGUGAAUUGGCUCCCUCCUGGCUACGUGGUCAACCAAGACAAAUGCAUCAUUGACAAACAGGAUUUAGGGGCCAAAGAAGAGCUUCUGGUCAAUGGGCAAUCUGGGAACGACGAUGAUGAGAAUGAUGAGGAGGGUGAAGAAGUGGAUGAAGGCGGUGAGGUAAUGCUGAAGGAUGAACCAAAUGAGGGCAACGUGGAAGAUGAUCUGGAGUACUACAAGGAACACAUUAAAUUCAUUGAUAACAUGUUGCUGGGAUCUGGUGCAUUUGCAAAGAAGAUCUCUUUGAGUGUUCUCCCUCCAUCUCCCACCGUGGCCUCGGCUUCCUCACCCGUAAUGGAGUCUCCAUAUGAAUGGAAGGCCCCCAAGAAGCCCCUCCAUACCUCCUCAGCCCACCACCCCUCUGAGCCGGCAGCCAGCGGGCCCUUAGCCGAAGAGUUUGACUACAGUUCGUGGGAUGCCAUGUGCUACCUGGACCCCAGCAAGGCCGGAGACGAGGAUGACUUUGUGGUGGGUUUUUGGAAUCCAUCGGAGGAGAACUGUGGAGUUGAGCUUGGCAAGCAGUCAAUCUCCUACGAUCUGCACACAGAGCAGUGUAUUGCAGACAAGAGCAUUGCUGACUGUGUGGAGGCUUUGCUUGGCUGCUACCUAACCAGCUGUGGAGAAAGAGCUGCCCAGAUGUUCCUCUGCUCAUUGGGCCUCAAGGUGUUACCGUUGGAGAGAGGGAGCCUAACAGGAGCUCUGGGGCAAAGCUGUCAGACAACAACUAUUGACCUGUGUUAUGGCUGGUUAAAGAUCCCACCCCGCUGCAUGCUGGACCAUCCAGAUGCAGAGCAAACUCUAAACCACCUCAUUUCCGGCUUUGAAAACUUUGAAAGAAAGAUCAACUACACCUUUCAGAAUAAGGCUUACCUCCUGCAAGCCUUUACCCAUGCAUCUUACCAUUACAACACCAUUACAGAUUGUUACCAGCGGCUUGAGUUCCUUGGUGAUGCAAUUUUAGACUACCUCAUAACAAAGCACCUUUAUGAAGACCCACGGCAGCAUUCACCUGGUGUGCUGACGGACUUGCGCUCAGCACUCGUUAACAACACCAUCUUUGCCUCUCUGGCUGUCAAGUACGACUACCACAAGUACUUCAAGGCCAUCUCACCUGAGCUUUUCCAGGUCAUUGACGACUUUGUGCAGUUUCAGUUGGAGAAGAAUGAGAUGCAAGGCAUGGAUUCUGAGCUGCGACGCUCUGAGGAAGACGAGGAGAAGGAGGAGGACAUUGAGGUUCCUAAGGCCAUGGGGGAUAUCUUUGAGUCGUUAGCCGGAGCAAUUUACAUGGAUAGCAUGAUGUCAUUGGAGAGGGUUUGGCAAGUGUAUUAUCCCAUGAUGAGGCCACUUAUAGAGAAAUUCUCUGCCAAUGUGCCACGCUCUCCUGUGAGGGAGCUUCUGGAGAUGGAACCAGAAACUGCCAAGUUCAGCCCUGCAGAGAGAACGUAUGAUGGAAAGGUGCGGGUGACGGUGGAGGUAGUUGGCAAGGGCAAGUUUAAAGGAGUUGGCCGCAGUUACCGGAUCGCCAAGUCAGCAGCGGCAAGACGAGCUCUGCGUAGCCUCAAAGCCAAUCAACCUCAGGUCAAUAACUGAGCUCCUCCUCUUCGCUCAGUAUUAGCACCUAAGCUAUUGACACUACAGAAGAAAAUGCAACAUCGACUUCCCAGCACAGACUGAUGCAAGCCCUGUAUCUUCAGCCUGCAAUGGCACAGCCAGGGCAACUGUGUGAAGAUGCAACAAAAGAAGCAGACUGAGCUCACAACAGACAGAACAGUGGCUCUCUUACAUUUUAGUUUUUCUUUUUUCGCGCAAACACAAUCUUUACUUUCCCUCUAUUUUGUGUAAUCACAUGAGUACUUUAUUAACAUUUAGUCAAUUGUUUAAAAAAAAAGGUUAGGUCACAGUAUCCUAUUUCUCAGUUUUUUUUGUUAACCUUUAUGUCAGUGAGUUGAGACUUAUGCUUAUUGUGUAGUAUUAGACUGUACAUAGUAUAAUCAAAUUGUAAAUCAAAGUAGGUAAGAAAAAAAAUAAAAAUAUAACUAAACUCCUCAGCCUCUGCACUAGUGCCAAUCAGUUUAGAAGUGUUUUUUAAACGCUAAUAGCAGACAUGGCUAACAGAGACCUCUGUCGGAAAUCUGUCUUGAAAUGGUAUUCUAAAUGGUAUUUUUAAUAAUUUUUGCACUUAUUAGGAUCUGUUAUAUUGACAACUGUGUGGUUACACUGACACCAAAAUCAUAUUUGUAGCCGAUGAAUAUAUAUAAAAAAAAUGUAUAAAGAUUUAAAUUGCGUAAAUGAUAUUCUUGCCUUUGAUGCUAAAACUCACCCUCAUACUGCAACAUGAAUAGGGAUUUCAACAUUCCCAGUUACUGUACUUUAAAUUCAUUUUUAACUGCACUUGAGGUUGCAUGGUCUUGUAGCUUAGGUAUAAACCAACAAAACCAACCAAACAACUGGAUGGCUUCUAUACAUUUUCUAUGGCUGUAACUCAAAGUGAGUGAAAGCAACAUUAGAUGUCUCUGGCAUUAUCUUAGGAAUUUGGCUUAACAUGUUUUUUGAUAUCAAGAAUGGAUGGAAUUGAAAUAUUAAUUACUUACUCGCUAAAUGUCUUUCCAUGGAGCAACUCAUUCAGUUUUGAUCUAAAAAGAAAGACAUGAGAUAUAAAAUAUACAAUAUGCUGCAACAUUUUCUACAAAUUGGAAACUUGUGUCAAAGAUGCAUAGAAUCUUUACGAAUACAGCAAAUUAAUUUCAACACACUAGUGUUCCUCACAUCCCAUACCAACCAAAGCUAUAGCAGAUUUGAUACUUUGAGGCUUAAGUCGAUUCCUAGGGAUAAGGAUACCAGCCUUUUUUUUUUUUCUGACAAAUUUUGCCUCUCACUAAAUGUCUUGUUUUUCAUCAGAAAGCCCUUAUUUCACUUGAAUACCUCAGUUAAUUGCAUGCAUUUUCUUUUUUCUUUUUCUUUUGUUUGGUGCUAUGUUUUUGUAUUAAGCUUGAAUUUCUCAUCUUUUUGCACUGUAACUAUAAUACCUCUUUAUUAUACUUUUUUAAAUCUGUUUGAUUUGGUUGUCCUGUUUGUCAACCUUCAAUCUGUAAAAGAUUUGAUUAUUUCUUGAGGGGACAUAGGAAAUGUAUUCACUGCACGUAAGCCUAACUCUUUCAGCUCUUUUGGCUAUUAGUGUUAAGAGAAAAUCUUUUUUUGAAUUCUGUGUUAAUUGAACAGAAAUAAUCUAUCAGAUGAGGGUCAGUGCUUGUAGAAGUAAUCAGAUUGCACUCUUAAACGUUAAAUAUACUCCAAAAAAUAGGCAGAGUGGAAAAGAGAAUAUAGUUAUGUCGUUCCUAAAUUGUGUUUGUACAGCAAUGUUAAAUCUAAUUCAGUCACAUUCUUACCGCAAUACUUCUACCUCAAAGGACAGUGCACUCAGUGCUCAUUUGUGGACAAAACUGCUAUUCAAUUUUGUGAGUGAUGGUGACAGACAGUCUGCUUCCUGUGAUAACCACCUACAUCACAUAUACAGUAUACAGUAUAUUACAGACAUCUGGUUGUGUAAUUCAACAAUUAGUCAUUUGUGUCUGCCCAAACAUUGCUAAACAACUGGGCAAAACUAGGUUCCUCAUUUGGUAAUUAUCUGUGGCCGAUUUGAUUAAUUCCAAAUACAUGUGGUUUUACGUGAUGUAUCAGUUAAAUAUAAUAUUGAACUGAAGUGAUAGGGGACCAUGAACUUGCUGUAUUGUUUUUUUUAAUAGACUGAGGGGCAGCACAACUAGCUCUAAACAGAAAACUAGCAAUAUUAUCCACCUGUUAAAAUUAGUCUUCAUUCUGUUUAGCUCAGUUUUUGUUUCCUGAAAACUGCUGCUGCAGGAAACCAGGUUGAUGAGAGUAGACUUGGCAUAUUUUAGUAUAUAGGACUAUAUGGUGAAUAUCCCUUGUAUGUUUGAAGGUCUUCGGCACAAUUUAGGUUACCAACUACCAAUAGAUGUUAGCAGGUGUUAGGGACAUAACCUCAGUUGUGUACCCUAGCAUCAUCAAGUGUUUUGGCCUUGUAAUCAACGAUAGAUGCCAAACUUGAGGAUACGCUGAGGCUAAAGGAAAAUAUGACUGUCUACUGGCUUGUAUGGCAGUACUAUGGAAGCCAUGUGGCCCGCUCAGUAGAUCAGACAUCAUUACCUCUACGCCUUUUAAACUACAGUAAAAGCUGUCCCAUUUUAGACAUGACAAGAUGGAGAAUAUCCCUUGUAUGUAAUUAAUGCCACCAGUUGAUGUUAGCAGAUGUUAGUGACCACCAGCGGAUGUUAGGGACAUAUCUUCAGCUGUGUACCUUUGCGUCAUCAGGUGUUUCGGCCUUUCAAUAACAAGACACCCUCUUCUAAGGUAGGACCACCACAAGUUAAUCAGACCUGGGUGCAUGUCCCUAGCAUCUUGGGGCCCAGUUGGGAUCUUUCCUCCUGAUCCAGAGUCAUUGGCUGCAGCAUUCUGCAGUGUGUGAUGUUUCUUUCAUGGUCUGUUGCAGGGCUUGUCCGAGGAUCCCCAGAUCUUUGAUCAACCUGAUGGUGGAUGUUGCAAUGAAACUCCAGUCAAUCUCCACAGGGCAAACUAUUGCUUUCCAACCAUGUUGCUCUGCCUCAAAUGCCAUGUCUGCAUAUUGCAGCCUUUUCCUCUCAUUUGCUUUAUCAACAGUAUCCUCCCAGGUUACUGUCAAUUCCUCAGAAGUAGAGGACGUGCAAGGUGGCCCACGUCCACCAACAUUUCCCAGUCUCAGGACUCUGAGAGGGUCAUCUCCAGCCUUGUUUUGGUGCUUUUAAACUCCUCUACGAGACUUGAGAUAGGCAGCUCGAGGAUGCCGUGUCCAUACAGGCCAAUGUUGCUUAGACAUCUUGGGACCCCUAACCACUUUCUCACAUAGGAGUUGAUCAUUCUCUCCAUGUUCUCAACUCUUGUGAGGGGAAAGUCGACUACUGUAAGUGGCCACAUCAUUCGGGGUAAUAGGCCAAACUGUAAGCACCAGAGCUUUAGUUUGCCAUUAAGCAGGGACUGGUCGAUGUUCUUAAGGCCGCUGCUGACAUCCUGCUUCAGAUGCUGGACCUGCUCGCAGUCUUUAAUGCUUGCACGGUAGCAUCGUCCAAGAUUUCUCAGACACGGUUGGAAUGGGUUCUCCAUUAAUGUAGAACCUAUGGUCUGAUCUUUUACCUUUGAUUAUUGAGAUGCUUCUUGAUUUUGAUGGAUUAAUCCUCAUUCGGACGAAAUUGGCUAAUGUUUGAGGAUUCCUCCUCUUUUAGAAUCAGUACUUCUCCAGCUCUGCGCCAAGCUUUGGGUAUAAUUUGUUUCACCCAUGCCACUCAUUUAUUUCCACAAGAAAUGUAGAACAUCAGGAGCAUUCCUAUAUACCCUGUACAGGACACUGUUCGGGACCUCGGGCUGAUGACGCUCUUGCCCGCCUCACUGCGUUCACCACCUUUUUCCAUUUCGGCGGGUUCACAUCCAUUUGGUGUUCUGGUUGCUCAAUGGGUGGGAUAUCAGAUGGAACUGCUACCGGAUCAUAUCCCUUUGGAUCAGAGUGUGUUUUAUCCAGGUGUUCUUCUAAGUCCUGCUUCGAGGUCCUCAGGGUUCCUCCCUUUGUGGUGAAGAGAGAUUUCACAAACUUGAAGUGGUCUUUAAAGAAACGUUUUCUUGCUCGUUCUUUUCUUUUCUGAGCUGUUCUUAGGUCGGCUUUUGACUUUCUCCUGGAGUAUGUUAAUAAUAAAGUCAAUCCAAAAUGAACAAAAAAAUACACGGAGUUCUGUGGAGCAGGAGGGAAAUGCAGAGUUGGUAAUAAGGUCACUAUGAGUGUCUGUUUUGUAUGACACUUAUUUGAUUUAUUGUUUUUAAAUUAAGUAGUUAUUUAUGCAGUUCUAUGGUCAUAUUACUCAGGGCCUUAUGUCGUGUAACUUAGAAUCUAGUUUUAAAGCCUUUAUUAUUCUAUUUAAUAUUGUGCUCACAGGGUCCAUAUUCUUAAAUGAAUGCUUAGUCAUGUUUGUUAUUUGCAACAGUUAAUUCAAUUAAACCAGAUACAGCAUAUAUUGGUCCUGUAUUCAGAAUCUUUGGCCUGUGCUAAUUCCUUUUACAAGGAAGAGUAAUCUGAGACCAGAAGACUAGCAACUUGGGCUGCACCCAAUCAGAUACCAAGUGUUAACCUGAGUCUCAGUUUGGUCUGUAUAUAAGAAUACAGAAUACAAAACAUUAAAAUAUCAUUUUAACUAACUGGAAAAAAAUACUUAUAUUAAGACUAGGAACAACUAUUUUUGACAUGACAAUAUUUAAAUUUAUAGUUCCCGUAUUUGAGUUGAUGUUGUAGCUUUAAACCCUCAUUUCAGUAGGCUCAUGUUUUGAAUUCAGAAAGCAUGAAUUGUGUUUUAUUCUUGUUCUUUGUUGGGGCAGCUGAAUUUCUAUGAUAUAAUUUUUGGUCUUGAAGAAACCAUGGGAGUCUUAAAGUGUGAAUAUUUAAAAUAUCUUUCAGUUACUGCAUAAAACUUCGGUACAUCAAGGCAUUUCCCAGUUUGAGAUGAAUAAAGUACAUCUAUCCAUCUAUCGUCUACCCAUGUCUAUCCAUGUUUGUCUGUCCAUCUCUCCUAUCUCUCUCACAAACAGAGUGCAAUCUCUCAUGACUUCUCAAGCAGGUGUCUGACCCUUUAGGUUUAAGUAAAUAAACCUGCUAUUAGUUUCUUCAUUAGUGCAGGACAUUAUCAGACUUAUGAUUUGCAGUGAAUAUGGCCCUCCAGUCACAAACCCUCUAAUAUCUCAGUCUGACUCACACAACACAUAACAUGAGUUUUUAUUUUAAAGAAUGUGAAAUCAAAAGUAUGGUGCCACACCCAUUCUAUUUUUGGUUUGGGAUGAAAAUAAGGAUCACAAAUAAUCUUGUCAGCCUCAAGUGGCAUCAAUAUCCAACAACCUCUUACUUUUUCUUCAUGUUUUUCAUCUUUGAGGAGGAAGUUGUGUGUUGGAAUGCUGAAAUUGAAGUACUCCUUCAGUAUUCAGAGUGGACUGCAUUUUGUUGUACUAGCAUUUAUUUUUUUAUUUUUGUACAUGUAGCACAAUUGAGCAUUGCACUGGGGCACCAUACUUUACCUCAUGUCAGAGUGUGAAAGGGAUUGGAAGAUGGAGGGGAAAAGUGUAUAUAUGAUGCCAUAUAAGGUUAAGGGGACUAACCUGUGUUUCAGUAUUGAGGGGCUUUGGGAAGGGAGUAGGAAAUUCGCCUGCAUGUUGUCUUUUGAAGAAAACACUGUGUAAAGGAUCUUUGAAAUUUGGGCUAAAUGGAUGGAUGUCAUGUAGACUGGUGUCCUGCCUUAAACAAUCUUCUGACUACUUUGAAAUGGAUGUCAGUCAAUCGAUACUCCCAGGCUCUUUUUUUACUGUUUGUUUUAACUACAAAACAGAACUCCCCCAGUCCUCUUUAAGGAACCUAAUGGGAAAAUCCACUCAAAUUUGCGCCUUUACAUAAAUAGUAGACCAGUGAACUGUGGCUGUCACUUAUCCCUUUUUUAAUUUAAAUAAUUUUGUGUUUUAAAAAAACAAACAAUCUGAUCUGUUAUAACUCAGUAGUGCUUCUAUUUGCAGCCUGGCAGGGGUUUCCUAAAAUGUACAGUCUUUGACUCUCCUAUCAGUAACCUUGACUUUUGUUAUUUUUUAUUAAUGCACAGUGGAGUAAACUAACAGAUACUGAGGAUGGUGUGUGUGUGUGUGUGUGUGUGUGUGUGUGUGUGUGUGUGUGUGUGUGUGUGUGUGUGUGUGUGUGUGUGUGUGUGUGUGUGUGUGUGUGUGUGUGUGUGUGAGAGACAACAAAACAUGUGGAUAAAAUCUGGCCUUUAUGCUGCCUUUUGUGACUUCUUUACAGUAGUUUUGAAGUGACAUUCAUAAUGUUUGUUACUUUUGUUCACAUCUAGUGGUCUUAAGUAUUCCAAAAUCUAUUUUGGAGUGGACCUUAUCUGAAGGCUACUCCGAUGCAUUCUUUAAAAUUUGAGGAUUCUGAAAUGGGACACAGCUAGAAAUAGUAAAGAAACAGCUUUAUCUGCUUCUUUGUUUUUGUUAAACCAACAUGGCGGUUCCAGAGGGAAGCAUAUUGCUCUUUGAUUCUGAAAGACAAAAAUACUAAUGUAUGUGGUCUUUGCCUUUGAUGGUUUAAACUGUUAAACUUUGCUAUCAUACUGUUGUCAUUAAAUUUGCAAUUCACAGGUA